AGGAUAGGGCCGGACAGUGCGGGGGGCUGAGGGGGGCGCGGCGGUGCUGGUCCUUUUGGGGGCUCCUCGCGGCUGAGGCGGGGUUGGGCGCGGGGAGAAAGCCGUGGCUCCCCUCAGCGGCGUUGCUCCCAGGGAGGCUCCGCGUUGGGCAGGGGGUGGCUCCGGCGGCCUCCUGCCCUGCAAGAGACGGGGAGCUGGGUCUGGGGGCUACUGAGAAAAAAGCAACGUGUGCCCGCUUCUCGCAGGCCAGUGCCCCCGGGCAGCGCCUCCUCAGCCUCUCAGGAGCUCCGCGGGUUCGAAGGCGCUGCCGGUGCCUCCUGCUCCGGGUGCUUUCGGUUCUCAUCCGCCCUCAGCAGCCUGUCCUUUGGCGUUGCCCCUCAGGACUAGGAAAGGGUUUAUUCUUAGCUCUGCCCUAAUGGGGCUGAGGACGAGGAAGGUGUUUGUGACCAUCAGGGCUAUGAGCACCACACGGCAGUGCGGGACCCAGCAGGGCCUGCUGCCACCCGGUGUGGUCCAGCCGAAGCUUGUUGCCACUUGGGAAUCCACUUUUCUUCUCUAAGUUUGUGCUCCAGCUUCUAGAGGUCGUCACCCAGCCCUGGGAGAGAUGCAAGUAAUGCCAUGAUGCGUCUCACUGCUUUAAACAGCCUCUUCUCUUGGCUCAUCUGUAUUAACGCGGUUGCAACCACUAGACGUUUCUGAAACUGAUUGCCUUCUUUCGCUUUCUGUGUUUGGGAGUGGAUGGAAAAACUGCUGUUCCGCCCUCUGUCUGAGCCAGAAUAGACACUUCUCCAGCCCUCUACUUGAUUUGCAGCUUUUGUCUGGCCUCACCUGGUGAUUAGGAGGUUACCAUCUGCCCUCACAGCAGCCUGUCCUCUGCCACUUUGUGAGCCACAGGAAGCUAGAAGGAAGAAUAGAUUCGUACAAUUUGGAAGAUGAAGUUUGUUUUGGGAAUUCAACCAAAUGCGCUGGCAUACUCCAUGACUACGUUAGGUGCAGGAAUGAUGAACAGUAUCUUUAAUUUCUACUACGUUAAGCUUUUCCUAAACCGAUACAAAAUUUCAGAAGUAGCGUUUCAUCAAGCACAGGUUGUAUUUAUGAUAUGGAAUGCCAUUAACGAUCCUCUUUUUGGAUAUAUCCAAGAUAACUCCAAAUUCGCAUGCUGCUCAAGACGCCAGUUUUCAAUUCUAUAUGGAGCUCCUUUAUACGCGUUAGCCUUUUUGCUUCCUUGGUUUCCUUGGAAACAUUAUGAAGAAGGUGACUGGCUAAGUGGUCUUCACCUUAUUGUUGCAUUAUGUGCUUUUGAUGGUUUGCUUACUUUUGUGCUUCUAGCGCAGUGCGCGCUCUUUGCAGAAAUAUCAACAAGACAUGAAAGUAGGCUUCAGCUUAUUAAAUACAACCAAGUAGCAACAUUAAUCGGAUCUACGAGCAUUCUCUUUUGUGGUCUAAUAUCAGAUAAUAUGGAAAAUUUUGCCAGUUUUCAGGCUUUUGCUGUUUUGGUUGCAGCAUUAGCAACAGCUUGUAUGUGUUACACAGGCAAAUAUAGUACUAGUCAGUAUGAGCAGAGAGAAGUUCUUAUGGAGAAUGCUGAUCUAGAAAAUGGUGAUAGAGUUCUUUCCUGGUCCUCUGUAAUUUCGUUGACCAAACAGAUUAUGACAGAGAAAAACUUUUUAUUUUUUGUAACUAUGAACUUCUUCCAAGUCUUUCACCUAGCAUUCUGCAACAAUUUUAUGAUGAUCUUUGCGGAUAAUCUCAUUCCUAAGGAUGUCCUUUCUUCCUCAAUAAGAAGUGUCAUGUACGGAGCAGGUUUUAUUUGUCCUCAGUGCCUUGUUCUUCUCAGUCACGCUUCAUUGAAGAAGUUUGGUUAUUACAGAAUCAUCUUGUUUUCCUUUUACUUUGAAGGAGUAGCUGCUGCUGUCAUGUUUUUUCUAGGACCAGAACAUUAUUAUCUCUUGGCAUUUUAUCUCACAACAAACAUGGUAAUUGUACAAGCUUCAUUUAGUUUGUUCAAUUUGCCCUUGGCAGAUAUUGUUGAUGCAGAUUUAAUAAAGCACAAGCGGAGAUCACCACUUUCCUCUAUGGUUUUUGGUACCAAUGCUUUAUUUACCAAGCCUGCUCAAUCUUUGGCUCCAAUGCUUGUGGUUACCAUACUAAAUCAAUUUGGAUAUGAGAACUUGAAUAAUGAAGUUGCUCAGCCAGAUCCAAGUUUGUUUUUAGGUCUUCAUGAUGUCAUGUUCUAUUUGAUCUGUAUGGUUCCGCUUUGCAUUGCAGUCGUGCAGAUCCUGACGUGGACUCGCUUUUCAAUCCAGAAUAGUCAUUUAACAGCUGUACGUUAAAUAUGUAACAGGUGGUCAUUAAAACUGCUGAACUGGACUUGACAUGUUUUAAAUGUGAAAAAGCAAAAUUGCUUUAAAUGGACUGCUAGACCAAAUACUAUUUGAGCCAUUUCAAUACACUGUGUUCUUCAGUAUAGUAGAAUAUAACACAGAUCACAUUCAGCCUUAAUUCUGAGUCCCUGUACAGAGGAUUUUUUGAGUUCAGCUAUUUGAAUGUGAUGUGUUUUAUCCAUAAUUACUUAUUAAAGUAAUUUCUGGUAUAUACUGGUCACCGUUUAUCUCCUUUGAAGACUGGAUAUGGCAGAUCAGGUAAAGGAAUCCCUGGAAUUCAACAAUAGUGUAUGUUCUUAAGCUUACUGAAAGAUGGUGGAUUAAUUCUGCCAUAUCUGAUAAAAUAUCAGAUCUCUAGGGAUAGUCCAGAAAAGCCCAGAUAGACAUCCCUCAGGGAUGGCAGAGAGAUGAAGAGAAAAAUGUAGAUGGUGUCUACCAGACCAUUAACAAGACAAAUCUGCCAGCUGCUACAGGAAGCACCAAGAAUAAUUAACUACCCUGUAAAAGUCCAUGCAAAACUAAAUAAGAAGAUUAAAAUGGUGUUCAAUGAAGUAUUGCAGGUUAUGGGAAAAGCUCCAUACUUCCUCACUGGCUUUCCAAGUAUCUCUAGUUGGUGGUAGGUAGAUGCAGUUUUCUGGCUUUUUGAAUGGGAAAAUUGUUUUGAGGUACUGUAUUGUUAGUAGCUGAUACAAAAUGUCAUUUCAUUCUCGUAAGAAAGACAUCAGCAUAUGGUUGUAGUAGUGUUGAAUUAGUUGGACAAAUGUAAGCACACAUAUUAAACUGCUUGGUAAUUUUGCUGUGCUCACAGUUGAAAUUAAUUUCUGAUUAAUCCAGUUAAAUUUCUGACUUAUCCUUACCAAAAUCUUUUCAGCUUUUAAAUGGAUCCUGUGAUUUUUAUAAAAUAAAGUUUUUGAUAC